AUGCCACAAGAAGCAGUACCCGCAUACAUUCAACAUGAUGGAAAACUUUCAGCACUAUAUCAAGCCAUGAAUCAGAUCGCACCUUUGUCAAUGGCAGAUACAUCUUGGGAUAAUGUUGGCGUUCAAAUUCAAGCACCUGAACCAGAAAAGAACAAAGGAAACGUGAUUAUGCUAUGUGAAGAUUUACGAACAGCAGUUGUGGAUGAAGCACUUGAAAGAGGAGAUGUUGCGAUCAUCAUGACUUAUCAUCCGAUCAUCUUUAGAGGUUUGAAGAGUUUAACAUUCAAUGAUACACAACAAAAGAGCUUGUUGCGUUUGACAGCUGCGAAUAUUAGUGUGUAUGCUGCUCAUACUUCUUUGGACGCAAGCACGAAUGGUUUGAAUGAUUGGCUUGCCAGAGUUGUAUCAAAUCAACAGUCAGAUGUCGUCAAAUCUGAUACCCCGAGCAACUCACUGCCACCUGCGAUCGAGCCACUCACAAAAUCAUACGAAUCGCAUCCUAACGCCGGACAAGGUAGAAUCGUAGAGCUAAAAGAAGCAAUCUCGGUCGACCAACUGGUUUCAAAUAUCAAAUCAAAUUUACAGCUAAAGAAUGUCAUCCUUGGUCUUCCACACAAUUUUGACCCUAAAGAAGCACGGCUGACAAACAUUGCCGUUGGAGCUGGAUCAGCAGGAUCAAUCGUGACAAAAUAUCCAAAAGCACAAGCGUACGUUACAGGUGAACUAUCUCAUCAUGAAGCACUUGCAGCAGUGGAAAAGGGGAUCGUUGUUAUCACAACUUUGCAUGGAAAUUCUGAAAGGGGCUAUUUACGUCAAGUUUUGGUCAACAAAUUGGAAAAGACAUUGGCAAGCAUAAACAGUGGAACACCUCUUAAAGUUGUGGCAUCUCAAACGGACUCAGAGCCAUUAGAAAUCGUGUAA